GAAAGUAUUUUUUAUCGGUAUCCGUGCGGUCACGCUGAAUACAAACCAGAUUGUAUUAAAUACCUUUUAUUUUGGGUUAUAUAAAUAGCGUUAAAAUGUUACGGACCGCUAUCAUGACGCCCAUAAUAAACCAAUAUGGUCAAAUAGCAACAAAGAAUUUACCAUUAACAUCCGCUUUGAAUUCAAUAUGGGUACGAAACCAAAACACUCUUACAAUCGCUAAAACUUCUGAAGAGAUACCCAAGAAAGGAUAUUCACCUUUUGGAAACAAGCAAGCAUCUGCAGCUGAAUGGUCAUUGGCCAGACUUGACGAUCUACUGAAUUGGGGUCGUAAAGGUUCUAUAUGGCCUUUAACGUUUGGUUUGGCUUGUUGUGCCGUUGAAAUGAUGCAUAUAGCUGCACCGCGGUAUGAUAUGGAUCGUUACGGAGUUGUUUUUCGUGCAUCACCCCGCCAGGCUGAUGUCAUAAUUGUAGCUGGUACCUUAACGAACAAAAUGGCUCCAGCAUUACGGAAAGUCUAUGAUCAAAUGCCAGAACCACGUUGGGUUAUUUCAAUGGGUAGCUGUGCCAACGGAGGCGGCUAUUAUCACUACUCUUAUUCAGUGGUUCGAGGAUGCGACCGUAUAAUACCUGUCGACAUAUACGUUCCAGGUUGCCCGCCCACUGCUGAAGCCUUAAUGUACGGCGUCCUACAGUUGCAAAAGAAAGUGAAACGCAUGAAGACUCUUCAGAUGUGGUACAGAAAAUAAACCCCAAAUAAAAUGAAAAAAUCGAAGUAAAUUCAGGUUAUAGACAAGAGAAUCAUUUGAUGUGUUCUCUUUUUGUUUUAUGUUUUGUUGCAGCAAAUAGCCAUUUUUUUAAGUAUCGAUAUUACAGCAAAUAAAUUCAUUCUGAGAUUAA